UUGACAUGUUUGACAGCUGCACCACGUGCUCGCCUGUUUACAUUCUCCCAAGAAGGAGGCACGUGACCCGCCAUGCUCGUGCUCCCAUUGGCCGAACGUCGCCCUGACUCCUCCCUCGGGCGGGCCCAGAACGCGGAAGUUCCUCUGGCGCGGGUGAAAAAUGAUGAAAAACGUCACUUUAUGAUAAUGCCACUGAGUAUUGUGUGCACCGGACGAUUGUAGGGUAAAAUACCCGUCGUUUAAAUUCAACCGGAACACACAGAAUUCUGUAUUAACAUCAAAAAUCACCAUGAGAUACGUUCACCGUUCGAAAUGAACGCUGUGUCCAGUGAAACCAAACAAAAGGUCGAUGAGUUAGACACUGUGUGCUUUCGUUGAGUGCGUGAAUUAUUGGAGCUGCUUUUCGGCGUCCAUGAGAACCUCUCGGCGUUGCUCGUUUGUGGAGAUUUCCGCUCAUUUUCAAACAUUUAGCGCGAGUGGUUGAACCGGGAAAGCGCAUGCGCAGAUGCGCGCGGCAGUCUCAGACGGAUAUAAGGAUUGGCGCCGGCGCCACAGCUGAUCCAUUCAUUCAUUCUUCACUCAGGAGCAGAACACCAAGUCCAAUCAGAACCAUGUCCAGACGCAGCGGUCGCAUCACUCUGCAAGCCAGAGACUCCAACACACCAGAACCCCCCGUCAAGGCUCUGCUGAGGAAAAGAAAGUCUGAGUCCUCCAAGAAGAAGACACAACCUGCCGCCAAGAAACAAAGCUAUGAAAUUCAGAAGUGCUGGUCCGAGGAUGGUACCAGCCCGUGUGUCCUCAUUGAAACGCCCCACAAAGAACUGGAGCCCGCAGACCCAUCCAGCUUCAAGCAGUACCGGUUCAAGAACCUCUUCAUCAAGUCCUCGCCCCUCCCUGUCCUCAGCUGGGCCAGCUCAGAUGAUGUGUGGAUCAAGAUGCUCAACAAGGAGCUGACGUACGUUCACGAUAAGAGCUACAUGCAGCGGCACCCUAAACUGCAGCCCAGCAUGAGGGCCAUCCUCCUCGACUGGCUGCUGGAGGUGAGCGAGGUGUACUGCCUCCACCGCCAGACGGCGUAUUUGGCUCAAGACUACUUUGACCGCUUUAUGCUGACUCAGGAGGACGUCAACAAGGACUACCUGCAGCUCAUCGGCAUCACGGCGCUCUUCAUUGCCUCCAAAAUAGAGGAGAUCUACCCUCCCAAAAUCGGCGAGUUUGCCUACGUGACGGACGGAGCGUGUGACACGUGGGACAUCCAGUGCACGGAGCUUCACAUCCUUAAGGCAUUGGACUGGACUCUCUGUCCGGAGACUCCUAUUUCCUGGCUCAAGCUCUAUGCUCAGGUGGAGGCCCAGAAAGAUGGAGAUAACUUCCUGGUCCCUCAGUUCUCACAGGAGAUGUACAUCCAGAUCACGCAGCUCUUGGACUUGUGCAUGAUGGACAUCACUUCGCUGGACUUCAGCUAUAGCGUCCUCGCCGCAGCUGCCUUCUGCCACUUCUCCACCUUCGAUGUGGUGAACAAAGUGUCAGGCCUGACGUGGGAGAGCGUUUCCCCCUGCGUGCGGUGGAUGAGUCCCUUUGUGGACACGUUGCGUUCAGAACCCAAACCUGAGCUCAAGACCUUCCCCAAGGUCAAAGCCGAGGACAGACACAACAUCCAGACACACGUCACCUACUUGGACCUCCUGAGGAAAUCCCAGGACCGGCACACAGACGGCACCGACUGUCCACUGUCACCUGUCGCCAUGACGCCCAUGUUGACUCCGCCCAGCAGCACAGAGAAACCAGCCAAUCACUGAGCAGGACCGCUCUGACCGAGACAUCUAGCUUUUGAAAUUUUAUUUUUGUUUUUAUUUAAACACAAAAUGAGAUUUUUGGUUUUGUGAAAGACUUUUUCAUCUUCAGGUGGAUGUAACACAUCCUGGUGCUCCUUCACUACAUCAUUCCACUGUGAAUGUUCUCUGGAACAUCCCAUCAUCAGUAUGGGAACACGCAGCUCUCUCGUGGACUCAUCGCCAUGGCGACAAGUGUUAUUGCUCUGUCUUUCCUGUUUCAUUCCUGGAAACUUGACCCAAGUAGGAUGCCCGCCUACUUCCACUCGUGUGCUUGUAUUUAUUGAAAAGAGUUUAAAAUCUGGGAGCGAGGGAUGAUUUGAGCUUGGUGGCUAUUUAUGAUGUUGCUGUACGGUGACGUGCGUUUGUGCCUUCGACUCCAACCAUUUACAUGCUAAAGAAUGUUUGUGUACAUAGAUCCAUUUUUCUAAUGAUGAAUUUUCAAUCUUUUAUACUGCAAUGUUGUACACACAGAUGAAA